ACGCCGGCAAGCGGGGGGACGCCCGGCCUCACCCGCAACGCAACGCAGCGGCGGCCCCGAGGCGGCUUCCACGCGGCUUCAGGCGGCCUCGGCGCAACCGGCACCAGCCGGGCCCGGGCGGCGGCCCGCCCCCUUCCAGCCCUCGCCGCGGCUCCUCCUCCCCCCGGUCCCCAGCCGGCCGGCCGGGCGGAGGCGGUGCGGGCGCCGCGGCUGCCGCCCGAUCUGCACGGGGAAGGAAUUGGCUCAACUGCUGGUUUGCUGUGUGGCAUCUGGUGGUGGGAGUUAAUUCAGGAAUAUCCUGCAUUCAGUGUUCUGUGGUGGUCAGAUGAGGCCAUCUGUGGAAAAGAAAAAGAAAAAAUGAAGUAUGUAUUCUUAAUACUUUUCAUUAAUUUAUUACCACAGUAUGCUGGGAAGUCUUUGAGAAGAGAUGAUAGAUACCCGAAAACGUUUGAAGACAUUAAAAAUGAGAUAGCUGGCUAUACUGAUAUUGCUAAAGCUAUUAUUGACCUUGCUGUUCACGGAAAAGCUCAGAACAGAUCGUAUGAAAGAUUAGCAGUUUUUGCCGAUACCAUAGGACCUAGACUCAGUGGUUCAAAAAAUCUAGAUGCAGCCAUCAAGUAUAUGUUCAGUGCCCUGCAGGAAGAUGAGCUGGAAAAUGUGCAUCUGGAGCCUGUGAAAGUACCACACUGGGAAAGAGGAGAAGAGUUUGCAAUGAUGCUGGAACCAAGGAAUCACAGCAUUGCUAUUUUGGGACUUGGGAGCAGUGUUGCAACUCCUCCAGAAGGAAUUACGGCCGAAGUCAUAGUGGUAGCCUCUUUUGAUGAACUGCACAAAAGAGCUCAGGAGGCCAAGGGGAAGAUUGUUGUCUACAAUGAACCUUUCAUCAGUUAUGGUGAAACUGUGCGAUACAGAUCACAGGGAGCAGUGGAAGCUGCUAAAGUUGGAGCAGUGGCAUCCCUCAUUAGAUCCAUUGCUUCUUUUUCUAUUCACAGCCCACAUACUGGGUGGCAGAAUUACCAGCCUGAUGUGCCCCAGAUUCCCACUGCUUGCAUCUCUGUGGAAGAUGCUGAAAUGAUGUCACGAAUGUCUUUCCGGGGCACUAAGAUUGUUGUGCACCUGAAGAUGGGGGCUAAAACCUAUCCAGACUCUCCUUCCUUUAACACUGUGGCAGAGAUAGUUGGAAGCAAGUACCCAGAGCAGAUUGUAUUGGUCAGUGGACAUCUGGACAGCUGGGACGUUGGGCAGGGAGCUAUGGAUGAUGGUGGUGGAGCAUUUAUAUCAUGGGAAGCAUUAUCACUCAUUAAGGAUCUGGGACUUCGCCCAAAAAGGACUCUGCGCUUGGUGCUGUGGACAGCAGAAGAGCAAGGAGGAAUAGGUGCCAAGCAAUACUAUCAGUUGCACAAGGAAAAUAUCUCCAACUUCGAUAUCGUCAUGGAGUCUGAUGAGGGCACCUUCCAGCCAUCUGGACUGGGUUUUACUGGCAAUGCUAAAGCUCGGGACAUCGUGAAAGAGAUCAUGACUCUGCUGCAGCCCAUCAAUGUUACGGAUGUUUAUGACAACGCAGAUGGAACAGACAUCGAUUACUGGAUGAGAGACGGGGUGCCUGGUGCCAGCUUGCAUGAUGACCUCAGUAAAUACUUCUGGUUUCAUCAUUCUCAAGGGGACACGAUGACAGUUCAGGAUCCAAACCAGAUGAAUCUCUGUGCUGCUGUUUGGACUGUUGUCUCCUAUGUGAUUGCUGACAUGGAGGAGAUGUUGCCAAGGUAAUAAAACACCAAGAAAGAGGAUUUCUGUUCUUCAGUAAAGAUUGUGAGUCCACUAAUGCAUGUGGUCUACAGCUGUGGGAAAUUCUGUUUUUCACCCUAAUUUUGUGCAUUAUUAUGUCUGUUUUUCUCAAAGGACAUGCUCUUUUACACAUUCCUGUUUCUUUUUGCCGUUUUGAUGUCUUCCAUUUGUGAUUUUCACUUAAAAUUUCUUCUUUUAAGUACUUUUUAAAUUUCUGAUGAACCUAUGAUACCUCUUUGAUUAUGAUAUAAUAACCAUUUGUAUGCAAAGUGAUUCUAUGCAGCAGGAAAAAUAUACCAAAUAAAUUUGUUGCAUCAGAAUAAUUAAUGUAUUGAGUUAGUGUACACAUUUAUGGGUUUGUUUUUGGUCUUUUGCUCUAUGCAUUAGAGUGAUGUACUCUUAAUAAAACAGCCCCUUUUUUUUACUCUAAGAUAAUAGUGUAGUUUAAGGUUAUAGGACAAAUUAAUCUUGGCUGUUUUAAUGGUAAUGUAUGGUAAAAUGGUCAAAUAAUGGUCAAAAUGCUAAAAUAAUAUGGCUUUUAAUAGUUCAUUCAGCUCCUGCUGUUAAAUCUUACUAAAGGUUGUUUCAUGCAAGACUCAGAUAAACCAGGACAUAGAGGAUAGAAAGCCAACCACAGGACUCCCAGAUCUCCUGUGUUUCUUUGGGCACCUCCCUGUGGAAAGCUGUGUGUGUCCUUUUCUUUCUGAUGGAAUACUUGCCGUAGCGACAUGCAGAGAAUUUCAUAUGGCAGUUUUUCUCUGAAAUGCCAUGAUGUUUCAGAAACAACAUCAUAGCUGUAAUUUGUGACCUUCACUACCUGCCAGCUGAUAUCCAAACGAAGUGUAAAAGCAGAUUUUAAUUCAGUCUCCUGAAGCCAUUCCCAGCUGCCCCUCUCUUGCGGUGAUCCUCUCCCCUGCUGGAAGCCAGGCGAGAGGAUGCUGGGACAUAUGCACUUUGAUGAAGGAAUUAAUCUGGGAAUUUGAUUCUUGUAUACUUUAUUGGGUUUUGGUUUUGGGUUUUUUUCCUGCUCAAAGAUUAUGAAUAUUCAGAUGAGUUUCAGGGGUAUCUGUAGAGAAGAUGUAACUGGUGUUGGGGAAUAUUUUAAGGCAUAUGAUUUCUGCUUAUUUCUUUGUGACAUGAUCCUUGUUUGUGCUUUUAAAUUUUACAACAAGCAAACUUACUGAUGUGAAUAACUGCUGCAAUAUAAUCAACGCCAGACAACUAAUGUAACGAACAACACGGAGUAUUAAACCAAAUGGCAGGCAGUCCCUGGUGCUGUUAAUCACCUCUGUAGCUGAGCAAUAGCUGAGUGAUGAGCCAUUCAUUUUUAUAGUAUUAAUAACCAUGAUAUCUGUUUACCAUGAUAAUAGCGGGUUUACAUCAAAUUUAUUAAAUAUUUAAAUUUUCCCUCCAAAUAAUUUCAGGAACAUAAAAGCUGCCUGGAGAUACUCUGCUCUUUCUUUUUAAAGAAACAGUAUUGAAAUAAAGUUAGCAAAAAUUU